GUUUCAAACAGACAGCUGUUUGCGCGGUUGCAGGCCGAUCCAAACACCAUCGACAAACUGGACAUGCUGGGGCUGGGCAGCGAGAAGCGCGGGCGAUUUGAGCGCAAAAAGUGGUUUCGGUACGACGAGCCCGAUGUCAAACUGCCUCACAUUUCGUUCUUUGCCGGUGCCCAAGUGGCAGCAUCGUUCCCAGCCGCGUCGCUGCCUGAGAUUGGCUUUGUGGGCCGGUCUAACGUGGGCAAGUCGACGCUGAUUAACCAGAUAUGUGGGUCCUCAGCAGCGCGGGUUUCUGACAAACCGGGUAUGACGCAGCAGAUCAACUUUUACACGGCAGACAACGACUUCCACCUGGUGGACAUGCCCGGCUAUGGCUUUGCGUUUGCCAAGGAUGACGAGAGACAGGCGUGGCAGCCCCUGAUUGAGUCGUACAUUAGACAGCGCAAGUCGCUCCGGCGCGUCAUGGUUCUGCUGGAUGCCCGCCACGGAAUCAAGUCCAACGACCGCGAGUUUAUGGCACUGCUCGACCGCAUGCGCGUGAAGUAUCAGUUUAUACUAACAAAGUGCGAUCUUGUGCACCGCAUUGAUCUGGCCAAGCGGCACCUUUUGGUGUCCCAAGAAGCAGAAAAGUCUAGGAACUGCAUUCCGCGCGUCAUGAUGGUCAGCGCUCGCCACGGCGCGGGCCUCAACAACCUGCGCAAGGAGAUCCUG